AUGUAUAUUUCUGGAAAAACGUUUAGUCCAACAAGAAAAAAAAGAGUUAAACCUCCAAAACACUAUCGAAAUCAAAAUAAUAACCAUGACGCACAAUUUCACCAAAAAUGUUCUUCCGUUCCAUACUGGAAACCAUUCGAUUUUCUGACCAUUGAUAUUUCCCUGGUUCAAUCAUGGUCUACUUCACAACUUAUCACACAUCUAUGUACAAUGUUCUCACAAGGUUAUUUCAAACGCGAUUUAUGGACGAAUUCGCUUUCGCAAAAAUUCGAAUCUCAACAAAUCGAUGGUAAGAAGUUUUUGAAGAUGAAUAGAGAUGAUUUAAUAAAAGCCAUUGAUUGUGCCGAUGGAAUAAAGAGAUUAGUUAUUGGGUUAUUGGAAGCAGAGGUGAUCAGGUUGAAUGGACGAUAUGAAGACGAGAUUUAUCAUGAUCCAGUUGGGACCUUUGGGCUUUAUAAACGUAAAACACAAAUUUAUAAAUUACAAACAAAGGCCAUCAAUGACGACAAGUUGUUUCGCGAAUUUUUAGUUCGAAAACUAGAUAUAAUACCACCGGCUCACAAUCUUCGUCGAUAUCUUUCCAGUCCUUUAACAUUACGAAUACCAAUACCAUCAAUUUAUCUUCAACUUUACCAAAAAACAAAUCCGGAAAUUCUUUGCUAUUUGAUCCCACAAAAACAAUGCUUGGAUCAGCUUAAUAAUUUAAUGACGGCACCUACUCUAUCCUUGCCUUUUAUUAAUGCCAUAAGUCUACCAUCCCAUGAUGUGGUGUUAUCAAAUUAUACAAUUAUUAUUGAUUCGCUCAUUCAAGUUACACUUUCUGUCCUCCAUUUCGGAACGCGUAAAUGGCUCUAUAUGGAUCGGUCAUCAUCAAUUAAUUCUCCUGAAGAUAUACUUCGUCCGGAUUGGAUGUGUUGGAUAAAUGAACUUUUAUUAGUCUUUCAAGGAAUCCAGAUCACCGAAGAAACUGAUUGGCAAAUAGGAAUAUCCUAUUUACAUUCAAAAAUACAUUGGAAAUCAAUGUAUUAUGGAAAUUUACCAUAUACAUUUGCUUAUAUUUCAAAAAGUUCAAAGUUACGAUUUUUUAUUUUUAACCCAAAUCUUGAAAUGACAACUCCAUUAACUCAAAUCUCUCAAGAAUUUAACUUAAAUUCUAUAAUGGAUAGAUUUGGUAUUAUUAAAACUGUCAUAAAUAUUUAUUCAAUUCUUGAAACAAUUCAUAAAAAUUGGAAUAUUUAUGAUUCUAUAACAUAUAAUACACCUUCAAUAUCAUCAAUUCAUCCAUUAUAUUUAUCAUUACAACGAAAUGGUGAAACAAUUAUUGAAUUCUUUGGAGAGUUUGUGAAAAAAACUAUCUCUUCAAAUUUAAUGAAUCAAUUUUUUAGGUUUGAAACUUUAUGCGCGAUUUAUAAUGAUACUAAACAUAUAAAUAAUUUAGUACAUUGUGUGGACAUUAAUGGAAAUUUUGAUUUGCCUGUGAAAGAAAAAGAUGGUGCUUGUAAGUUAUUAAUUCAACCAGUUGGGUACUAUUAUUAUCCCACAAAUGAGAAAGAAUGGAAGAGUUGUUUGAAAACUGUGUUAGAAGUGCUUAAUGAAAUGCAUAAACGUGAAAAUGUUGUAACUGCAACAAAUCUAAAUGAUAAUGAUGGUGAUGAAUGGCUUUUAAUCGAUCUAGAAAUGGGAGGGAGAGUUGGAGAAGUAUUAGACAUCACAUUAUGGGAUCGUUGGCCUAAGCAAGCAGAAAAAGGGCAAAUUUACAAAGCUUGUUACGAUGUAUGGCAAAUUGAAAGGAUGUUACAUGAGAUGGGUGAUAACGAAUUUAAAAAGUUUUCCAAAAAUUUUUGGAAAUUUAGGGAUUUGUUGCGAAAAGCUGCAAUAGACGAAGUCUCUGCCGUAGAAGCACUGAAAUGUGAAUGGUUUAUCAUUGAUAAUGAAUAA